AUGGAGGACAUAGCAGCAGGAAACCACUGCACAGUGACUGAGUUCUUCUUGGCGGGGCUCUCAGAGAAGCCAGAACUCCAGCUUCCCCUUUUCCUCUUCUUCACAGGAAUCUAUCUGAUCACCGUAGCAGGGAACCUGGGCAUGAUCACACUGAUUGGGCUCAGUUCCCAUCUGCACACACCCAUGUACUAUUUUCUCAGCAGUCUGUCCUUCAUUGACUUCUGUCAGUCCACAGUUGUUGUACCUAAAAUGCUGGUGAGCUUUUUGACAAAGAAGAAACUCAUCUCCUACCCUGCCUGCAUGGUUCAGCUCUACUUCUUCCUAACUUUUGGUAUUGCAGAGUGCUACACGUUAGCUGCAAUGGCUUAUGACCGCUAUGUUGCCAUCUGUAACCCAUUGCUUUACAAUGUAACCAUGACCGAUGAGAAGCACUGUUCUCUUAUUUCAGGGGUAUAUAUUUUUGCUGUUUUUUGUGCAUCUGUAAAGACUGGCUUUAUGGGUAGGAUUCAGUUCUGCCAAUUUGAUGUGAUUGACCACUAUUUCUGUGAUCUUCUUCCCCUCUUGAAACUUGCAUCCUCUAGUACCUAUAUCAAUCAAGCAUUGAUUCUAUUUUUUGGUACACUAAACCUCUUUAUCCCAGUGAUGACCAUCAUUACUUCUUAUGUCUUCAUUAUUGCCACCAUCCUCUACAUUCACUCCAGCGAGGGGAAGUUCAAAGCUUUUAGAACUUGCAGUUCUCACAUCUCUGCUGUUGGUAUAUUCUAUGUUUCUGGUGCAUUCACGUACUUACAUCCCUCUUCAUUGAAUUCUAUGAACCAAGUGAAAUUGUCAUCUGUGUUUUAUACUACUAUUGUACCGAUGCUGAACCCCUUGAUCUAUAGCCUGAGGAAUAAGGAUGUCAGUAUUGCGUUGAAGAAAAUAUUUGAAAGAAAAAAAUUCAUGUAA